UAAAUCUAUUUUUGUAUCAAAACAUACAUUACAUUUCAUACAUCUAACGAUGGCUACUCGUCGUAACAGAAACCGAUUUGAGGAAGAAUUGUUCCUGGAAGUGGAUAGACAUUAUUUUAAUUAUGAUUUAGGAGAGGAUAACGGAGACUCAUUAUUGGUUUAUGGUGUAUUGAAGGCUUUAGUUGAGGAAGAUUAUGAUAGAGUGAAAUCACUAGUCAGAAGAGGGCAGUCGAUUAAUAUUAAUGACAGUAGCGGUAACACUCCGUUACACGUCACUGUUCUUAAAGAUAACCUAGAAAUUUUGGAGUUUUUACUUUCACAACCGAGUGUAGAAGUUAACAACAGAAAUUUCACUGGUGAAACUCCUUUGUUAAUAGCUAUAAAAUGUGGAAAUAUCAAAAUAGCUGAAAAGCUGAUACAAUCUGGAGCCAAUGUAAACAUACCGAACUACGAAGAAGUAACUCCAUUACAUAUGUCUGUGAGCCAUGCCCGCUUAGCACAUCUAUUGAUAAAAUCUGGAGCGUAUAUAGACGCAAAAGAUUACAGUGGAGAUACGCCUUUGCAUGAUGCCGUUGCUGAAGAAAAUUUAGAGACUGUUUGUAUGUUAUUAUAUUAUAAUGCCGAUGCAAAUGUACAUGGUGUUAAUAAUCUCACACCUUUUAUGAAAGCUAUUAUCUCAAAAAACGUCGAAAUUCAAGCAGUUUUGAUAGAAUACGUAGAUGAUUUCAAUAUAGAAACAUACGACAACGUUACUACUUUAGCUUUAGCUAUAACGAAUAGAACGCCAUUUGUUGAAGAAAUUAUUUUGGGCGGUGCUGACGUUAACUAUGCUUACGGAUACGAUUUGAUCGACCCAUUUGCUUUGUGCCUCCAAUACCCAAAUGCAAAAACUUUUAGACUAGUUUGGGAUAGACUGAUCUACAACGGGGAUGACAUGUCACUUGGUAGUAUUUUAUGGAGAAUAAGUGGUACUCUGAGGAAAGAUAUUUUUAAACAAUACGUAGAUGUGAUCAUCGAAAGUGAUAACAUAAAUCAAGCUGUGGAAUCGCUUAAUACCGCCGAAGAUUUUUACAUGGUGAUUGUUCGAUUCUGUGAUUUUUUUCAUCAACUUUCUUUAGAUCAAUUAACGAAGUUAACCUGUAGGAUACUUACUUAUGGUUAUAACGCUACUAGUUUUGAUAUGAGUAAAAUAUUUUUGCAUUACGGUUAUUGCGAAUUAUUUCGAAUCAUGCUACACAUGGAUAUUAAAUAUAUUGGAAGAAGACCGCCGGAUACAUCAAGAUUAAUAUACGAUUUAAAUUAUAAGAUGACUGAUUUGCUGGAUCAAUUAGUUGACGUUAUAAACAUUGAAUAUUUACAUAAUACUAUUUAUCAAAUAUUAGAUUACUGUAUUUAUCCCAAAUUAUUGAUUGGAUAUCUGCAAUUGGAAAGAGAUGAUUAUGUAACAUUUAAGAUUCUUCAUUUGCCUAAAAUUCCAUCUUUAUUAGAAUUAGCGAGGAAUACGGCUAGAGAGUACGUCGUUGAAAAAUUUAAAAUAAAAUCUUCAAGGCAGUUUUAUACAAUUAUAAAUUACAUGAAUAUCAAUAAAGUUUACAAAAAAAUAUUAACGUUUGAAAAGAAAUUGUACUUUCCUACGUAUUUAUAUUCAUCAAAAAAAUUAAUAAACGCAUCUGAAUGAAU